AUGGUCAAAGAACUUCUUCGAAUCGGUGCCCAAUUUGUUGGGUACCGUGAAUAUGCUAGCCAAACUGAAGAAAAACUUGCAGAAGCCAACAAACUUGUCGACACUCUUACUCAAAAAUUUGAGCAGAGUGAAAUGGCUCGCAAGAAAGCUGAGCUUGAUGCUAGCCAAGCUAAAGCAGAAGCUGCAGAAGCUACAGCCAAAACUGCUGGUGUUGAAGAUCUGCAAAAGAGGCUGGCAGAUGCCGAAGCUGCUUUGGAUGAGCACAAGCCUAUGGUCAAAGAACUUCUUCGAAUCGGUGCCCAAUUUGUUGGGUACCGUGAAUAUGCUAGCCAAACUGAAGAAAAACUUGCAGAAGCCAACAAACUUGUCGACACUCUUACUCAAAAAUUUGAGCAGAGUGAAAUGGCUCGCAAGAAAGCUGAGCUUGAUGCUAGCCAAGCUAAAGCAGAAGCUGCAGAAGCUACAGCCAAAACUGCUGGUGUCGAAGAUCUGCAAAAGAGGCUGGCAGAUGCCGAAGCUGCUUUGGAUGAGCACAAGGGCAUAUCUCCAACACACGAUGCGCGCCGACACACGUGCUUCACCUCCGCGACGGCGCGGCCUCGCGCGCAGCCACGCACACCUGCAAGGCGGGCUGGCCGCCGCCCCGGCGGCCUCUACAUCGGCGAACAGCCCCAGGCUCCGCACCAUCCCCAGGCCCAGGCGGAGGAGGACGACCCGGAGCUGCAGGCGGCGCUCACGGCGUCCCGCGAGCGGAGCGAUCUCGACGAGCUGGCCAAAUGGCCGCACCUCGCCGAGACGCUGCGCGCCUCCGCGCUGGAGGAGGCGGCCAGGAAGGCCCGAGGAGGAUGCCCGGGGCGGAGGCGUGGGCCUUCCUCGAGCCGGGCGCACCGUCGGGGAGGAGGCAACGCGUCGGGCGGCGCCUCCGGGAGGAGGAGGAGCGCCGGGCUGCGCGCCUAG